CUCCCCUACUUGUGAACCCCGAGUGCUGAUUUAGAAAAAAAUGAUAAACGCACGUGUCAGGGUUUUUAUCUGUGUGUGGAGAGCUAGGGUUUUAGCUAGCGAGUGUCCUUAUGAGAGUAAUAGGGUUUCCCGAUAUAUGCCUGGAAGGAUUAUUGCAGAUAACUACUGUUUGCCGGGAGGGGGAAUUAGGGAUAUAAGAACUUAGAACAAAAAAAUAUCUCUAACCAGUAGAGAAAGUUUGUGACAAUGAGGCCGCCAAGAGGAGGUGGGCGCGGAGGUUUCAGGGGCGGACGUGGCAGUGAUGGUGGGGGAAGAGGCGGUGGGCGCUUUGGUGGCGGAGGAAGGGGCGGUUUUGGUGGCAGAGGAGGAGGAGGAGGCCGCGGAGGUGACCGUGGCAGAGGUAGAGGCGGUGGUCGUGGCGGAAGAGGAGGCGGGAUGAAGGGCGGCGCGAAGGUGGUGAUCGAACCCCAUCGUCACGAGGGGGUUUUUAUUGCCAAGGCCAAGGAAGAUGCACUCGUCACGAAGAAUAUGGUUUCGGGAGAAAGCGUCUACGGAGAAAAGCGAAUCAGUGUCCAAAAUGAAGAUGGAACCAAGACAGAAUACAGAGUAUGGAAUCCAUUUCGUUCAAAGUUGGCUGCUGCCAUUCUUGGUGGUGUUGAUAACAUCUGGAUCAAACCAGGAACACAUGUACUAUAUCUAGGGGCUGCUUCUGGAACAACCGUAUCUCAUGUUUCAGAUAUUGUAGGCCCAACUGGCAUUGUGUAUGCAGUUGAAUUUUCACACAGAAGUGGACGAGAUUUAGUAAACAUGGCAAAGAAACGGACAAAUAUCAUACCUAUUAUUGAAGAUGCUCGGCAUCCUACUCGUUAUAGGAUGCUUGUUGGUAUGGUUGAUGUUAUUUUUGCUGAUGUUGCCCAGCCAGACCAGGCACGUAUUGUUGCAUUGAAUGCACAUCAUUUCUUGAAAAAUGGAGGGCAUUUUGUAAUAUCUAUCAAGGCAAACUGCAUUGACUCUACUGUUCCAGCAGAGGCAGUGUUUGCCCAGGAAGUCAAGAAGUUGCAGAAGGAGCAGUUCAAACCAUCCGAGCAGGUGACGCUAGAACCUUUUGAAAGAGAUCAUGCUUGUGUUGUAGGUGGAUAUAGGGUACCGAAGAAGCAAAAAGCAACAGCUGCUGCUUAAAAUUGUUUGAUUAUAAAGUGUAGUGGAUACCCUUAAUGAGAAUGUUUUGGUUGUAAUAUUUGUAUUACUGGCAGUUUUGUGUAAGGCUAUGUAUGCCUGCAUUGUAUGCCAGUUUUUCAUGAUACUUAAUUUGAAAGUCAAUUUUCACUUUGAUUUUCAAAAGCUGUGUAGCAAAGUUCAAUUUAGAAAUUAUAAUCAGUUUCAAGUUUCAAUAUACAAAGAAAAUACAUUUCUUGGUUUGA